GAGGCGGGUGGAGGGGUGGGAUGGAAAGUGAAGGUUGAGAGAGGAGAGAGUUUAUUCAGUCGCACACAGACACAAACCACAAGCGCACCGAUCCUCCCUCGACUCGAAGACGAUCCAGUCAUGGGUUUGGAAAUAGAGCUGACCUUCGCCGAGGACCUGCAGCUGACGGAGGUGAUGCGUCUGAGGGUGCAGUCGCUGCAGCAGAAGGGCCAGAAGCGGCAGGACGGAGAGAGGCUGCUGCUGCCGCACGAGUCCGUCUACAGGCUGGACUUCAGCCAACAGGACCUGACCUUCUCCCGCUGGAACGUCAGCCUGCAAGGAACGGGACGCUUCACCGUCACCGGCAUCUGCCAGCUCUGGACGCCCGACCUGACCAACCUGAUGACCAGGCAGCUGCUGGAGCCCAUCGGCCAGUUCUGGAGGAACGCCGGAGAUCCAGAGGAUUUGCCCAUCAAGUGUCUGGAGGCGGAUAUUCAGGAGUUCGGAGAGAGGAUCGCAGAGCUGGCAAAGGUGCGGAAAGUCAUGUACUUCCUGUUCGCUUUCAAGGAGGGAGCGACGAAAGAGAAAAUCUCAUGCUCUUUGACCUUCAACAUAAACAAUUAACAGAUCGAAUCUCUCCAAGCAUCGUAUCCUAAAACCCCAGACAGGUUAGAUGCUCUCAAACCUCUUUUUUCGCCAAUCAAUCAUAAAAACUUAGACAUUUAUUAUGUAUUUAGCUUCCUGCUGUCCAGAAAAGCAACAUUUUAGAAAGAUUGUUAAUUAUGCACAUGCAUUUUGUCCGGUGAAUAUGUAAUCCAGUGCCAUUUUGAUGCUUAUAGACAGCUCAAUAAAAAUUUCUGUGUCAAUCA